CGGAUCGGCGCGGUGGCGCGGCACGGCCCGGCACGGCACGGCCCGGCACGGCACGGCACGGCACGGCACGGCACGGCACGGCACGGACCGGCACGGCACGGCACGGCUGCCCAGCCCGUCCAGCGCGGCGCGGCGGGGAGCGGAGCGGAGGUUAGAAGGAAGUGGUAGAUCACUAUGGCUCUGGCAGACAGUGCAAGCUGUGCCAAAGCCAACGAAGACUUCCCUUUCCCUGAGAUCAUUGAACUCAAUGUGGGUGGACAAGUCUACAUCACUCGCCAUCCUACACUGGUCAGUGUGCCUGGCUCACUGCUCUGGGAAAUGUUCACACAGAAGAAUAUCCGCUCCUUGGCCCGUGACAGCAAGGGACGGUUCUUCGUGGAUCGGGAUGGCUUCCUCUUCCGUUACAUCUUGGAUUAUAUGAGGGACCAGCAGCUAGUGCUGCCCGACCACUUCCCAGAGAGGAGCCGUCUGCAGCGAGAAGCCGAGUACUUCAUGUUGCCAGAGCUUGUGAAGAUGUUGGCCCCCAAACUCAGCAAACAGAACUCUAUUGGAGACGAUCCAUGCCAAAGUGACCCGGAGGAGCUGUCCCCCAAUGCUGAUGGCACUCGCAACCUAGCUUCUGCCAGUGCCACACUCACUAGUGCUGGAGCUGGUGCCCCUGGGGGCUCAGUCACUGCCAGCACAGGUGCUGCCGGCACCGAAAUCCGCAGGUCAGGUUUCAUCACCAUCGGCUACCGGGGCUCCUACACCCUGGGCAGGGACAGCCAGACGGAUGCCAAGUUCCGCAGGGUGGCACGGAUCAUGGUUUGUGGCAAGACCUCACUGGCCAAGGAAGUCUUUGGGGAUACCUUGAAUGAGAGCAGGGACCCAGACAGGCCCCCAGAGAGGUACACCUCCAGGUACUACCUCAAGUUCACCUUCCUGGAGCAAGCCUUUGACAAACUCGCUGAUGCUGGCUUCCACAUGGUGGCCUGCAACUCCACAGGCACCUGUGCCUUCGCCCAUGACCAGACAGAUGACAAGAUCUGGACCUCUUACACCGAAUAUGUUUUCUAUCGUGAGUGACACCAAAAAAAAAACCAAAACACCGAACACCAACUCUCCCUUUCCUCUCCUGUGCUGGCUGUUGCCUUUAGACAGUAGAUGUCAGACCCCUGAACCCCAAGUUUCCCCCCCUUUGCCUCCUUUUGAGUUUGUUCUCCACCCCCCCCCCCCCCAUCUUCCAAGUUGAACCUAUUGGGCUCUUCCUUGUAGCAGUUGCUGAACACCAACCACCAACCUUCUUCCCUCUCUCCGACUUCUGCAGUAGCCAACUGUAGCUCCCAACCCUCCCUGGAUUUGUGGACUUGGACACUACUGUAUCUAUGUUUGGGUGGGAGGGAGAGGGUGUGGGGGAUACACCAAACUGUGUAUGGGUCUGGGAUUCGGGCAGCCGGAUAAACUUGUCUGUGUUACACUGAACUCCAGCUCCCAUGAGCGCUAUGUCGUGCAGCUACCUGGGGAACAUGCUGUAUACACUGUAUUUGAUGUGCCAAGGAGUUCAAGUGAGGAAAUGCUGGUUUAAGGACAUGGAGAAAGGUGGAAGCAGAGAGGAGAGUUGGGAUGGGGAGGUAAGAUGAAGCCUUGCAGCACAGAUAUAUUGCCAUUAGCCCAUGUAAGCAGCUUAGCAUUUAGACUGUCAGUGCUUGGGAAGGUUAGACAAAGAUGCGCCCUGUGUUUGCAGUUCUGAUUUAAAGCAUUGCUGCUGCUCUGGGAUGCCUUGGGGUUUUGGGGGGGCGGGGGUGGGCUGGACAGAGGCUGAGACGGGUACUCUGUUCAUAUGUAUUUGGAGGGAGGUGGGGUGGGCAGGGAGGGAGAAGGCUUUACAUGCUAUAGGGUGUAAAAUGCUUGUACAUCUCUCAAACUAGUUCAAGGUCUGUCAAAAAAGUACCUUCCUCUUUCCUUCAGAGUAUGAUAGCGAUGUGGGCUUCAGAGGGAUGGGGUUUGACUGCUCCAGUGGGUGGCUUUUGGGUCCAGCCACAGCUAUGACUUCAUAGAUUAAAGGAAGUCUUUACCGAAAAUGAAAAUCUUUGCCACUUUGGCACUCUUUUGCUAAGGUCUCUCUAAUCACAGCUCUCCAUGGUCUGCCUGUGGGCCUGGCAGCUGCUUUACCAUGCCUGGGCAAUGUGUAAUAAAGGAACAAAAAAGA